GCCUAACAAUCGGCAUGAAACACGUCAGACAGCGUUUGACCCAAUGCAAAAGGUGUCAAUACACUGUAUAGGUCGGCACGUGGUAUCUAACUGACACAUCAUCACAUACAACCUGACCUAAUUUAAGGGAUCGAAUUGUUAACAUGGUGCAGUUAAUGUUUUUAAUUAGACAAUGUGACUAAUGUUCUCUCUAUGAUUUACGUCUUGCUAAAAUUGUCCGAGAUAGAUCUUCCCCUCAAAAAAUACCGUCCGGAUUAACGAUACAAUUUUCAAUGCAUUUUAACCUUUUGUAAUAAAUAUGAAAUACCCUGCAUUCCAAUGACGUCAGAAAUCCCAAAGUCUUGCAGUUUUGGCCAGUACCAGGUAUUCAAAUAUCCGACAUUCCUAUGACAACACAUAUUCCAUAGUUCCCGAAGUCUGCAGUCUGAGCCAGGAGCUCUAAUUUGAUGCCACUACCCAUACAUGGUAUGAGCAAGGGUCCGUAUUUGCCGUUAAAUUGAUUAAUCAAUUUUGUAUUUCAUAUAGGAGUUCUGAGAUUAAUCACUGUUCACUAUCAUCAUUUGAUCACUUCCAGAUUUCUAUUUCUAAAGACGAAAAAUCUUAUUUAUUAAACACAGAAGGACAAACAGAAAAUGAUCUGGUAAACCAUUGCUGAAGCUCUUCUCACAUACUAACCAGAUAAAGCUGGGAGAGGCUAACGAGGAAGUCGCCCAUAUCCAGCCUUACUUUACCGAUAUAUACCACAGUAAAAUUCGUCUCACCUGACUGAUUGUCUAGUGCAGUAGACAGAAACGUACACAAUGCGUCGAAAAUAUUUUCUUUAUUCCUUUUAAAGAAUAGGAUUGAAUUUACAAGAUGGAUGCAUCUCCAAGGUCAAGGAGUUCCAGAGUAUGUGUAGCAGCAAUAGCACUAGGAGCAACCCGAUUUGACUGCGCAUUCUCUCUCAAACAUGCAUGGAAAAAAAUGUUGUCACCUAAAAAACUAUAUGCUUUAACUUCCUUAUCAGUUCUGUUGAAUCCGGAUAAGACACCAAAAGCUUUUGGACAAGAAGCAGAUGAAUCAUACCUCAGUCUAACUGAAGAUACGGUAGAAAAAGUCGAAAAUCAUUACUAUUUUCCAGACUUCUUGAGGCAAAUGUUUGAGAAUUUCACGCCAGGGACCAAAAUAGAGGACGUCAACGGAAAAGAUGUUGAUACUGAUCUAUUGCUGUACGAAACGCUGAAAUUCGUUGUUGAGCAGAUCAUGUCUACCAACGGUUUUAAACAUGCUGAAAUAGGUAUUCAAGAUGUCGACUUUGUAAUUGUACUACCAAUUACUUGUAACAAUGAAGUUACCAGGUUCGUGGAGACCAUUGCUCUUAAGGCUGGAAUACAGAAGGAUGGAUUAUCUAUUGUGUCUAACGGGGUUGCAAUAUCACUUUUUGCUCAACAUGCGGACGAAGAUGAAUGGGAUCGUAGUUUUGAAAGGAGUUUUCAAUGGACCACCCUUCAAGAAAAGAACAUGUAUCUUUCUGUAGAUUUUGGGGAGGAACAAACCACCAUCAAUAAACAUUUGAAAUGGCGGGAAGGAAUCGACCCUCUUUUUAAGAGCACCACAUUUCCAGUGGGCAGCAAUUCCAUUCUCUCUGAGCUCCUUUCGUUCUUAAUAGAUGCUCUUGGCACAGACGUCAUCGAGGAAUUCAAACGAGAUUUUCCAGAAGAAUAUAAAUCCACCAUCGAUGAAUUUGUGAGACACGUAAUAAAUGUUAGAAAGGUAACUAUGAUUCCACAUUCUCUGAAAUCCAUUACUGAAAGGAAAUGGAAGGAGAAUAUGUCAACAGUGCUGAAAAAUAGGAUCAUGGACGGAAGUAUUACGGAAUCAAAUUGCAAAAUGAAAAUGACGGAGGAAAGAAUACAUCGACUCUGUAAAUCAACCCUCAAGAAAAUCACGAAGACAAUUGAAGACGUCACGAAACAAGAAGGAGUUGACAAUGUAAAGAGACUAUUUUGUUUCGGUGAACUUGCUAAUUCUAAACGUUUCCAAGAAUUUCUCAGGGAAAAAAUGCUCAAAUGUAGUAUUUGUAUUCCAAAAGAUGCAUCACUGGUUGCUUUGAAAGGGGGUGUUUAUUAUGGGCAUGUAGAUAAUACACACAAUGCAGUGGUUAAAUCUACCUGUGAAAUACUGGUUUGCAAAAAGAUUGAUUCCUCCAAACACCCCGUCGAAGGGAAAAUGAAUGAGGAAGUGUGUUAUGGAAAAGUCGUCGUCACAUUUUUGGAAAAGGGAGACAUAAUUCAACGAAAAGGAUCAAUAACAAAACGAAUUAAACUUCCAAAUCCUGGCGAUGACAAUGUACAUUGUUUCAUUUUGAGUUCAAGGCAGAAAAUCGGUUCGAUCGACUUACCGUUUCCAAGUCCACCGAACAAGCAUUCCGUGUAUGAGGAGACAGAGUUUAUCAUGAAAUACGAUUCUUCGGGUCUCUCUUUAGAAGCCCAUCAUGUCUACAAGAGUCAGUCCUUCAAAGUGUCGUUGUUUGAUGCAGACUAUUUUUGAAUGCCUCUUAUAUAUAAAUAUAUACACAGUGUAACAAAUGUAUUUAUGGUAUUUGUGGCAUAUAUUUGAAAUGCAUCCAGGAUGUUACUUAUAAUCGCGUGAACAUUUCGUUACAUUCUCAUAAGAAAUUUAUGGUUUCAGUCAUCGUUCUUGUCCGGGAACAUUUUGCAUGUGAUAUAUCCGAUUGAUUACUGAAAAUUAUUGUAUGAGAGGUGAAGAAAAUGAACAGUGAUCAAUCGCAUAACUCCUAUAAGUAAUACAAAAUAGAUAGUUGGGCAAACACGGACCCCUGGAUGCACCAGAGGUAGGAUCAGGUGUCUAGGAGGAGUAAGCAUCCCUUGUCGACCGGUCACCUCCGCCGUGAGCCCUAUAUCCUGAUCAGGUAAACGGAGCCAUCCUUAGUCAAAAUCAGUGAUUCUGUCUUCUCUUCAAGUAAUAACAAAAAUGAUAGGAAGUCGCUCAUAACUGGUUUUUUUUUUACCAACAUAGCUGUGAUUUCUUUUGUAUAGCCACAUGAAUUGUUCCGUAUUUGGAGAUAUCUUAUGCUGAUGAUUAAUUUCGAUGUGGCACAUUCCCUGCCCCAGAAUAUACCCUUCACCUGCUUUUGUUUCAUUUCGAGUUUUCUAUGCAAUUUCCUUGAAUGUUUAUUAGUUGACAGAAAUGACAUCAAUUAAAUUCCACCAAUCACUGUGAAUUUGGUAACUUGGAUGUAGUUUAGGGAAGUUGUUCAGUCGGACACCUCCACCCGCCUGACCACGCUAUCCAUAAUGUGAGGCUGUCCUUAAAAUACCCAUCACCAUUCCAUCGUUUACAAGAUUGUGAUGGGGAAUUUGAUAGAAGUGUGAUAAAUGAGAUUGUAGUAUUCAACCUGUGAAAAGUCAACUAAAGUCUAUGGUCAUCAUAUGAAGGUCUCUGUUUUUAAAGACUUUCUUUUUUGUUCCUCAAUAUGAAAAAUCUAUGUGUUGCGAUAAAUUAUCGCUUCAGCUUAUCAUUUGGCAAUAUUAGAUUAAUAAGCUGUUUUAUUAAAUGUACCUUACUAUUAAAUAUUUUCCAUUUGACACGAAGUAUUGUAGUUAUUUGCCGUUAUUUGUUUUUCAUUUUGUUUAAGUCAUACAUGUAUAAUCUAAAUAUCUAUGUGUUCCGAUAAAUUAUCGCUUCAACUUACCAUUAGUCAAUAUUAGAUUAAUAAGCUGUUUUAUUAAAUGUACCUUACCAUUAAAUAAUGUCCAUUUGACACGAAGUAUUGUAGUUAUUUGCCGUGAUUUGUUUUUCAUUUGGUUUAAAUCACACAUGUAUAAUCUAAAUAUUUUGGCACGGAACCUCUUUGCACAUGCAAUUCCCGAAGGCAUUUUGCAGCAAUGUAUGAUCACACACACACAAAAAAAAAAAAAACCCCAAGAAAACUAUUUGACACAAGGGUCAAAUUCGGCCUCAACGUCUUUUCAAAUGUAGAUGAGAUACUUAGAAGGUUAACGGUUAACUUGUAAGACAUAUUCGCAAAACAUACAAAUAACAAACACAGAAUUGAAAU